CUCACUUUUCUGAAAAGUCCUCACUUUUCUGUUUUCCUUUCUGGUGUUAGUGGGCAGCUGGUCGCCAGGAGCCGGGUCCACAGCGCCCUGGCCUCGGGCCUCCUUCGCCUCCUCACGCUCGGCCCAGGCUUCCGCGGGGACCAACUUGGCCCUUUGCUUAUUCAAAAAAGCGUAACGCAAAUAAUUCAAGCGACUUAUCCGCCAACAGGCCCAGGCAGACUUUGUUCCUGAUAAGGACAGAGAGACUUCAACGACUUCUGUGGCCCAGAUUUCUCAAGGGACAGAUAAAAUGAAUAAGAGGAAGAAGCUUCGGACCUCAGGAGAAGGAAUCCAUCCUGCAAAACCUCCAAAGAACCCAAGGCUAGGAGACUCUGAUGGCGGCCCCCAGGGUUCCAAGCCGGACUGUUUGCGUCACCUUGAAGAGUCAGAAGGCACGCCAGGACCUGCUUCCUCUACACAGUACAGCAAGGAGGAACCGGGACAGGCGGUCUCCAGCUCCCCUGAUGAGGAAACCGGAGCUCCGUACAGGCUCCCCGGGCCACCGGAGAGGGAGCCAGCUGCCCUUCCUCCUUCCCAGAACUCAGUUGGGAGGUUUGUCCCCCAAUUUUCAAACCCCAGGAAGAUGGUGGCAAGAAAAGCAGAGACCAGGGAAGAGGACCUCGGGAGUGGGACCUUCAGCCCGGAAACACCUCCAGAGCCCAGUGCCUGGCAGGCAGGAAGUCGGCAGCAGGAGGAGUCCCCAGGGCUCGCUGUCCAGGAGGGCAGGAACCCGAUGCAGGCAGAUGGCGCCUGCCCUGAGCAGAGCAGCCAGGACCCCGCGAGCCCCCUGCCCAGCCGUGGAGAUGCUCAGCCUGAGGCCCCUCCAGAAGGUGGGGCAGGACCCGCUGCCCCGGAGACGGCCAGCCAUGACCAGCUUUCGGAGCCAGAGGACCAACAUAAGGAGAAGACCUGGGUUCCAGGCAGCGGUGGCCAGGAAGGGCAUGUGCCAAGCAGCGAUGCUAAAGGGAUGGAGCCAGAUGGAGGAGCCCCCCAAGACGGAGGAGCCCCCCAGGAGGGAGGUGCCCCCCAGGACGGAGGAGCCCCCCAGGAGGGAGGUGCCCAAAGGGAGGCAGAGGCUGACCAGCCUGGAGGGUCCCAGGAGGAAGGAGACAGUGUCCUCAGUGCCCCACCGUCAGCUUCUCCCUCAGACCCUGCUCGGGGACUGGGCCCUGCCACUGGGUGCCCAGAGCCCAGGUGUGUGGCCCAGGAUCCCCCUGACCCCUGGCAGACACCCCAUGGGACUGGCGGGGUUGUGGAGCGGAGCCGCAGCAGCCCAGGAUGCACCUCACUGGGGGAGGCUGUCAUUGCAGACCUGAGCGUGGACCCCCCAGAGCUGGAACAGAGGGCCCUGGAGGUGGCCGGGUCGGAUGAGCAGGCCGAUGCCAGCUGGCCUGCCUCUCCCAGGGGGAAGGACGCUGACGAAGGCCACAGGAUGGCCCUGCCGGGCUGCACACCCCUUACCGGGGAGACCUCAAGAGGCAGAGGGGAGGUGGGGCAGGAAGACCAUCCCCCUGGCGACAUCCCGGUGGGCCCUGCGACCCCCCUGGCUCUGGCUCCUGGGAACGAAGAGCCCACAGUGGGCGCUGGAGAUCCUGGCCAUCUAGCCCCAGAUGCAGGUCCAGGUGUCAGUCAGAAACAGGUGCCAGGCCCUGACCAAGAGGCAGCUGAGUUAGGCAGCCGGAGCCACGAACAAGACCCCAAGGGGCCCAGUGUGUCCCUCCAAGCCUCAGGUCUGCUGGAGCACAGCGAAGGGGCGGGUGGCCCUCAGGAGACCCAGGCCCGCCAGGACAGUCCAGACACCCCUGCAGACCCAGGGGCACCGCAGCCCGACCACCCUCCUCAUCCUGCAGACCAGGCCACCUGGGGGGGCUCCCUAGCCGUGGAGCUCGACUUCUUGCUGGACAGCCAGAUCCGGGAGGCACUGGACGCCUCUGACUUUGAAUCCCCGCCUGAGCAGCUGUUUCCUGCGGGGAGCAGGCCAGGCCCUGGCUGGCCCGGCCCCAGCCCAUGUACCAACGGAGACCCCAUCGAAGUGGCCAAGGCCCAGCCAAGGACGCACGUUGGGGUCCAGGCCUGUGAGGCCUCCGGGAUGGAGGACGCCACAGCCGUCGUGCGUGGCCUAGUCGUCGAGCUGUCCAACCUGAACCGGCUCAUCAUGAGCGCCCACCGAGACCUGGAAGCCUUCAAGCGCCUCAGCUACCGCAAGGCGAAGCCGGCAGGGAAAGGGCCCCCGCCCUUCUCCCCCAAGGGGGCUGGGAGUGUCCCCCGGGGGGAGCAACCCUGGAGGGACUUGUAGGCUGCUUCCCAGGGGCCUGGACAGCGACCGACUGGGGUGUGUGUUUUCCUCUGCACCCCUGCCCGUGCCCCUGGGGCACCUGGUGUUUUGUUUCCCCUCCAAGAUGCUCCAGGGGGUCUUAGUGGCCCGGUAACCUCCCCUCAGCCAACCUGGCCGUCAGCCCCCCACGAGCUACACACAGGAGGCUGGGGUCCUGCCCUGGCCACCUGGCACAGCGGGAGGGAGCCUGUGUCCCCCACAGCCACAACCGCUCCAGGAGGCCCCAAGCCGAGGUUACGGAUGCUUCAGAAUUUGCGUCUUUCCUAAGUAGUAAAGGGCUCCUUUGUCGUGUUUCUCCCUAUUUUCACUUUAGUUCUCCUGGGAAGAUAAUAAAUGAUCUGUCAGGAGGCCCCCUGA